UCACUCUUUUUUCAUAAGUCGCAGGUUCUUUUCUUUUAUACCACCUGAAUAGUCCAUCCCAGAUUGUUUUAUUUUUACCCUUACCCACCAGUUCUCAGUUCUCACAAAGAUUAGCGUUCAUUCAAUUCUCACUAAUUAAGAAAUGGCAGAAGGAGCUCUUUUUGCCGCCGCUCAUGGAAUCAUCGAAAAAUUGGCCGGCCAAAUAGUCCGGGAAUUGGACUGUCGGUGGGCUUUCAAAGACGAGAUUACAAACCUUGAGAAGUCACUUUUCGCUGUCAAAGCUGCGCUUCAGGAUGCAGAGGCGAAGCAACACAACAGUGAAGCGAUCAAACCGUGGCUGACAAGGCCUAAGGAUGCCAUGUGUGAUGUGGAUGACUUGCUGGAUCAAAUCUUUAAUGUGGAUUUGAGACGGCAAUUGAUGACCUGUGACAAGAUUUGCAUAGAUCUCAACCGGAUUAAUCUGGAAUCGAUUUGGGGUUCGGCAGGGAAAUCUUGCUCCAGUUUCAUGCGCCCCCGUUCCGUAGAUUUUGGGCAGAUGGAGGUUGGAAUGAAAAAUCGGAUGGUAACACUGGAUUUGGAAAUUGGAAUGAUAGGUUGGAGGAAUGUGAAAGUUUUGAAAAAUCGGAAUUCGGAAGUCGGAAGAUUACAGAAGCUAUUGACGAGAAUAGAGGAUCUCCCAAUUUCCCUACUGUUAGAAAUCCUGUAUCGGCUGGAUCUGAAAUCCGCGAUGCGAUGCAAAUCUGUGGCAAGGCAAUGGUGCUAUCUUAUCUCUGAUCCCUCUUUUGCCAACGAUUUUGUUAGGCUCCACGCAUCUUCAGUUGUGGAUCGUCCCUUUGCCUUGCUCCUCCACUACGUUGAUAAGCAGAUAAAGAAGAGACACCUCCUCGCGACAUCGGAGGAACCGGAAUUUAAAUCCUUGACUUAUAUACCACCAAUAUAUCAACAUGACAAUAUUGAGGUCACUGUUCAAGCUUCCUGUAAUGACUUGCUAUUAUGCUGCGCAAACAUGGUUGGCAAUGAUGCAGGGUCUGGUCCUAUGAGCGUUUACUAUGUGAUAAAUCCAAUUAGUAGGCAAUGGACUGCCCUGCCUCCCAUGCCUGAACUUGCAAGGGCUCGGGUUGGGUUCAUAUGUUGGUAUGACACUGCUCUUCAUAAGCAACUUAGUUAUAGGGUGAUGCGCAUUCCUGAAUUUAAGGGUGAGUCAGCAGAAUUCAGUGUAGAGAUAUUCUCAUCUGACACAGGUAAAUGGACUCAGUCUGUGGGGUUGUGCCCACAAGGAUUUCAGUUGGAUGUCUUUGCCUUCCCCGGUGUUCCCUAUAACGGUUUGCUUUUCUGGUGGAGCAGCACUGAUUGCCUUGUUGGGUUUGAUCCAAACACCAGUAAAUGCUGCCAAUUCUUUGAGAAGCCCGUAGAAUUGAACCCAUCCCAUGGAAUUGAGCGUCUUGGUGUGUGUCAUGGUACCUUGAGGAUAUGCCAGAUUUCAGGUUACCCUUAUGAGGUUGCUGAUCCUUGUUUACGUGUUUGGGAGCUCAAGGACUAUGAUGAAGGAGGCAAAUGGAACUUAGAGCACGAGCUGUAUUUUGACAAAAUGGUUUCAGAAAAAUCUCCUUGGCUCACAGAAUACCUAAGCAAGAAAUAUCCAACUGUGGCAGUCUUAGCCUAUCAUCCAAAUGAUAGAGAAGUUGUGUAUUUGAUGAUUAAAUUCAAGGUGGUAUUUUGCAACUUGAGGAGAAAAACACUGGAAGUGGUCUGUGAUAUUCCGACUGCUGACUACUUUUACCAUGGCUGCAAUGUCUUCACCUUUGUGCUCCCCUGUUGGCCAACUCCCAUUCCCUUUCAGACGGAGAAGGCCACCUAAUGGUUCUGCAGCUUGCUAUCUUGUGCCCUGAUGCGGAUAAGAGAGUCUGCAUACCCAUGGGUUUGUGUUAUAUGAUUUGCUUAGUUAUGCUAUAGUAAUUUGCAGUUGUGUCUGGAGUAAACUAGGGCUUCCAUGUCCACUGUGGGAGAUAUGUCAGGUGCAUAGAUAUCUUUGAAGCGCCUGCCCCCCUAGCAAUAAAGUUGAUUUGUUUGAUUACUGCUACAUGUUUGCUAUAUUAAUCAUCUGUUUUUCCA